AUGUCGUCCAUGUCUAGAUUUUCUGUAAAGGAUUUCAAGUUAAGAACAUGUGACGCUUUCUGCAGGCCAAGCUCUUCUCUAUCUGCAAGGAGGCUGCAAACUCAUCUGGAUCUUAGAGGUUUACUGUCUGUGCCUGAGAAUGGAAGAAGUUGUGCAAUCCAAAGCAAGCCAUGGAGUCCCAUCGUUGUGCAAUCCAAAUCAAGGAACUCUGAAGUUUUGUGCAAGGCUGCAACAAAUUUAUCUGGAGAUCUUCCCGGUAGCACUUCUAGUGGGAUGAGCCUGUACGAGAGAAUAAUUGAAACUUUGACAACUCUAUUUCCUGUGUGGGUCAUAUUGGGCACCAUCCUGGGGAUCUACAAGCCAUCUGUUGUAACUUGGUUGGAGACAGACCUUUUCACACUUGGACUGGGUUUCCUCAUGCUUUCUAUGGGUUUGACAUUGACCUUCGAGGAUUUUAGACGAUGUUUACGUAAUCCUUGGACUGUGGGUGUAGGAUUUCUUGCACAGUACAUGAUAAAACCUCUGCUAGGCUUUGUCAUUGCCCUGACGCUAAAACUUUCUGCACCUAUUGCGACUGGUCUUAUCUUGGUCUCAUGCUGUCCGGGUGGUCAGGCGUCAAAUGUUGCAACUUAUAUAUCUAAAGGAAAUGUUGCACUUUCUGUUCUCAUGACAACGUGUUCAACAAUAGGGGCUAUUAUUAUGACACCGCUUCUUACCAAGCUUCUUGCUGGCCAGCUUGUUCCAGUUGAUGCUGCGGGCCUAGCAAUCAGCACUUUCCAGGUUGUUUUAAUGCCAACAAUUGUUGGAGUACUGGCAAAUGAGUUCUUCCCCAAAGUCACUUCAAAAAUAGCCUCAGUGACCCCUUUAAUUGGAGUAAUUCUCACCACUCUACUCUGUGCUAGCCCGAUCGGGCAAGUUUCUGAAGUCUUGAAAACACAAGGAGCACAACUAAUACUCCCAGUGGCUGUUCUACAUGGUGCUGCAUUUGCUAUUGGUUAUUUUGUUUCAAAAAUAUCAUUUGGUGAAUCUACUUCUCGUACCAUAUCCAUAGAGUGUGGGAUGCAGAGCUCGGCACUUGGGUUUUUACUUGCUCAAAAGCAUUUUACAAACCCUCUUGUAGCUGUCCCUUCUGCUGUUAGUGUUGUUUGCAUGGCGCUUGGUGGGAGUGCUCUUGCUGUGUUUUGGAGAAACACACCAAUUCCUGUUGAUGACAAGGAUGAUUUCAAAGAAUAA